CACUUCUGAAAUAGGCCUUUAGUUUGAGAGCUUCUGGAAGCUUCUCACUGCCACCAUGGCCACCUCUCCCUUCCUGGCCUCAACGUUCCCCAGGUCCCCCCAGGGGGAAAACAGCAGCAAGCCCCAGGGCAUCCUGUCCAACUUCUCUGACCACUGCCAGGACUCAGGGGACCUGAUGGCCUUCAUUGUCACAUCCUACAGCAUUGAGACCAUUAUGGGGGUCCUGGGCAACCUCUGCCUGAUCUGUGUGACCAUGAGGCAGAAGGAGAAGAGCAAUGUGACCAACCUGCUCAUCGCCAACCUGGCCUUCUCUGAUUUCCUCAUGUGUCUCAUCUGUCAGCCACUCACAGUCCUCUACACCAUCAUGGACUACUGGAUCUUUGGUGAGGUGCUUUGCAAGAUGUCAGCCUUCAUCCAGUGUAUGUCGGUGACAGUCUCCAUCCUCUCGCUUGUCCUCGUGGCCCUGGAGAGGCACCAGCUUAUUAUUAACCCGACAGGCUGGAAGCCCAGCAUCCCCCAGGCCUACCUGGGUAUUGUGGUCAUCUGGCUCAUCGCCUGCCUCCUCUCCCUUCCCUUUCUGGCCAACAGUAUCCUGGAGAAUGUCUUCCACAAGAACCACUCCAAGGCCCUGGCAUUUCUGGAGGACAAGGUGGCCUGUAAGGAGUCCUGGCCCUUGGACCACCACCGUGUGAUCUACACCACUUUCCUGCUGCUCUUCCAGUACUGCAUCCCACUGGCCUUCAUCCUCGUCUGCUACGUGCGGAUCUCCCGGCGCCUACAGGAGCAGGGGCGUGUGUUCCACAAGAGCUCUCGAGCAGGGCAGAUGAAGAGGAUCAAUGGGUUGCUUGUGGCAAUGGUGGGUGCUUUUGCAGUACUGUGGCUGCCCCUGCAUGUGUUCAACAGCCUGGAGGACUGGCACCAUGAGGCCAUCCCGAUCUGCCACAGCAACCUCAUCUUCCUGGUGUGCCACCUGCUUGCCAUGGCCUCCACCUGUGUCAACCCCUUCAUCUAUGGCUUUCUCAACACCAACUUUAAGAAGGAGGUCAAGGCCCUGGUGCUGACCUGCCAGCAGAGCCCGCCGCUGGAGGAGUCUGAACACCUGCCCCUGUCCACGGUGCACACAGAAGUCUCUAAAGUGUCUCUGUGGCUAAGUGGCAGGUCCAACCCCAUUUAACCAGCUCCAGGGCUCGACCCUGCCGCAUCACUUAACCCAGUGGGUGCACUGCAAGCUGGGGGUGGUACUCUAGAUUUUCUGGAUUUUAAGGUCCAGAAAGAGCUUGUUUUUUGCAUCCUCUGUUUGGAAAGUCUGACAUCAGAUGGUUCAGCUCCUUGUUCCUUGGAGAAUUCUGAGUCCAGAUUCUGCAGGUCACUGUGAAUCUGGCAGCUGGAGUUGCAAGUUGCCAGGGCUGGAGAUGUCUGCCUGCCACAGGCAGGGUUCACACUGGGAAUUCAGUGGCAGAUGACCUUGAGGCCACUGUGGGUGAGGGAAGGGGCACUUGGAGCCAGAGCUCUGGAUGCACUUCCUAAGUGGUGGGCAGGCAGUGGACUUCCAGGGGAGAGGACAGACUUGUAGUCUCAGGUGCUCAGGCCCUGCUGCAAGAAUACACAGCUCACAUCCCACCCCACACUGUCUGCUGCCCUGUAUGGAAACCAGCCUGCACAGGUCUCUCCUUGAUGAGAUGGCGAAUACCUUGAGAGUGACAUCCAUAAUGUCACAGAACUUGUGUCCUACAUGCCUAGCACAGGCUCUGGCACAGGGAGAGAGCUCGAGAAAAGUUUAUCAGUAUGGACCAGAGGUGAAGGUGCCACUUUUUCCUGCAUCAGGCUGAGACCAGGUACCCUGUGCUGUGGUCCAGAGUGGGAAGGGCUCAGGGCUGACUGGUUCACACAUGGUCCCUCACCGGCCUUGGUCCUCUGAAGUGUCUUCUGUGUGGGCCCCACACCUGUCCUCACAGAGAAGGAAACAUCAGGUUGCUUCUGGGCCACCUCGGAUGGGAGGUCCCACCUAGCUCUACCUGCUGCGACCCAUCCUCUAGUGAAGUGGCCCAUGGCUGGGGCAGGGGAUUCAGGUGCUGGGCCCUCAGAGGCCUCCCUAUGAGGCCACCAGCACUGCCCCUACACAGAAAUCAAGCAAAAGGCCAGGCAGCAGCAGAUGGAGCAGCCUCAUCUGAGGAGCUGUCUGGCCUGGGCCUAAGAACCUGUGUCUGUGACGCCCGAGGCAAGGGCUUCACCUGUGAGUCCCUGCUCCCUUCCUGGAGCUGUUUGUCUCCUGCCAGCUUUUGGUCACAUCUGCCAUUCAGUGUUCUUUACUUUUGUCCUGGAUUUCGAGGUGAUUCUCUUAGACACAACUUUUGUUUGACCUCUGUUGCUGUCUGUUGCUGACUGUCCUAGGUGACCACAUGCUGGCCAGCAAAGCCCAGACUCUGCUAUUCAUGCCAGCAUGAUGUCCAGUGUCCAGAGUCCCCAAAGAAUUGGGGCUUUAGGCCCCUCCAGAUCCAGUGCAAGUGCCUGGAGCUCACUUCUCAUUGUUAGUCCCAGUCGUGCCAAGGUGCUUGGGGACAAGGAUGCUUUAGGACGCCAGCAGGCUAGAAGGCAGGCAGUCCAGACUGGGCAUCUGUGAAGGUGCUUGGCAUUAGGAAAUGGGGCAGUGGGUGGAAGCCUCAUUGAGAACCUGCCAUACUCCUCCCUUCCCCUUGCUUAAGUGGACACAGCCCACCUGGAUGGCUUUGUCCUGCUCCUGAUUCCCAAUGACCCUUGGGGUUGCUUGGUUACCAGCAUCCUAGCAGCUUGUAACCCAAAAUAUGGUUCAUCACCCAGGGCUUGUUAGAUGUGCAGACUCCUUUUUGCAGUUCUAGACCUACUGAAUCAAGAUUACUAUUUUGUCAAGCUCCUCCGGAUAAUGUCACACAGAUUAAAGUCCAGAAGGUCUGCUCCAAGAAACAGAUUGCCUGGAGCCUAGGGCUUCUGGGUGAGCACCUCCUAGGAUCAAGAGUGAGCUGUCACGUCCUUGUUCCAGCAUACAUCGUUACACUUGUCCUUGCUGAAAAGGGAGGUAUUGGUUGUUUGUCUCAUCUCUGGCUGUGUGUGGAUGUACUUCUUGAGAAGCCCUUUCAUUCCUUCAGUAAAUACUUGCCAGUGCAUAGUUCACGAGGUUUCAUUCAUAGGGAACAUGCCCUUUGAUAUUCUUCUCUGUUCCACUUAAAAUAUAUCCAGUUUCCCAUCUUGCUUUAUGUAAGUUUUAAUAGUUGCUUAAGAGUUUAAGAACUGCUCCAGAGAAAGUUGGCACUUCUUAGUUCUCUCCUUAGCCCCCAGAGGGUCCAUCUCUUGCCUGGAAAUCAACCCUUUGCCAACUGCUGUGGGAGGCAACCAUCUUGCAGAACAAAGGCUGGGCCUGGAGCUCACAUCCACACACACUGCCUGCGAACCCUCAGAUUGCAAAACCUUAUUGAAUCCUGCUGGGGAGGACUUAGAUCCUGCCUGAGUCUAGCUCUUCCAUUUUAAAGAAAUGAUGCUGUUUUUCCCAUCAUAAAAUUAAAUCAUAUUAAUCCUUAAAAUGCAAUACAUACAAAAAUAAAGUGAAAACAGAAAGGAAAUCAAUUUCCUCUCCUAUCUUUGAAUCCACCGUUUGGAGAUAAUGACUGUUUAUG